AUAUUCCUUCUCACCUUCCUCAAUCAUCACCGUCGUCAAUCCCCUCUUUUGACCCGCCCUCUCCCCGCUCCUCACUCCUUUCUCAUGAACCCGUUCCGCCGAUCUUCUUGAUUUCUUGUUUCUCCGGCGGGUCAUGGCCGAUUCCGGCGUCGAGGCCGUGCUGGGAUUCCUGAAGAAGUAUGGGCUUGCGCUGUCUGAGUCGGCUCUGAUGGAAGACAUCCUGGAGAGAUCGUCCCAUUUCGGUUCUCUGCUUCCCAUGGUUCCGCCGCCGCUCAAGAUUCCGGCCACCAGGUGGCCUGACGAGGCUCCCGGCGGCGUUCCUGGAAGUGGUAAUCGUAGCUCCUCUUCCUCUGAUGAUGAUGAGGAGUUCAUCAGCUUAGGCGGCUCCUCAACCACUGACCUCUGUUCUUCUGAGUUCACGAAUCCAUAUGGGAUACGCUGCAAUACAUACCCAAGCUCUCAAGCAUCAUCAUCUGAUAGACUGUCACAGUUUGGUACAGCAAGAGACCAAGAAUUCGACAUGCAAGAUGACAUUUUCUGGUACGGGGAGAAGGACAAAUACUACGACAUGCCACCUGAUUUCAAAGGCUCAGAUUUUGCCGGUGUCCCAAGUGAGGACAAAUUUGUCACGACUCUGGGCUCGGGGAGGAGUCAUGACGACAUUCGGGAGGACACUAAAGAAGACAACUUUCCAGAAGACAGUGACCAUUUCUUUUGUAAAACUGUUGGAAAGAGCGAAGACUAUAGAUGUUCGUCCCCUCUUUGUGCUUGUUGUUGUGGGGCCGGAGUCGUAUAUCAAGAAGACCUAAAUGAUUAUGGUAUUGUGGAUGUCAAGUUAACCGAUGUAAAGGAUUUUCUCCAUGAACAAUGUGAAGAAAGAAAAAGUUGUGAAUAUGGAAGCUUUAACUCUCCUGUUAAAGAGGAUUCCACUUACAACUACUAUAAACCAAUUGAAGCAGCAGAUAAAGAAGGCAGUUUGGUUUCAGAUGAGCUUCAAAUGUACGAUACCUGCGAAGAUGACUUUGAAGUGUUCAAUCUAAAAAUUAUACUCAGAAAAAACAGGACAGGAUUUGAGGAGAACAAGGACAUCCCUAUUGUUCUUAACAGCAUCAUUGCCGGUAGGUACUAUGUAACGGAGUACCUUGGUUCAGCUGCCUUCAGCAAAGUUGUUCAGGCCCGUGAUCUUCGGAUGGGAAUGGAUGUUUGCUUGAAGAUAAUAAAAAAUGACAAAGACUUCUUCGAUCAGAGCUUGGAUGAAAUCAAACUUUUGAAGUUUGUAAACAAGCACGAUCCGGGUGAUGAGCGCCAUAUAUUACGCCUCUAUGAUUACUUCUACUAUCAGGAGCAUCUCUUCAUUGUUUGUGAACUUCUGCGAGCCGACUUGUAUGAAUUUCAGAAAUACAAUAGGGAAUCUGAGACCGAACCUUAUUUCACAAUCUCCAAGCUAAAGGCUAUAACAAGGCAAUGCCUAGUGGCUCUAGAGUUUCUGCACAGUUUGGGGAUCAUCCACUGCGAUGUAAAGCCUGAAAAUAUUCUCAUAAAAAGCUUCAAGAAAUGUGAGAUCAAAGUGAUUGAUCUUGGAAGCAGCUGUUUUGAGACAGACGACUUGUCCUUAUAUGUACAGUCUCGGUCCUAUAGGGCACCUGAGGUCAUCUUAGGACUCCCGUACGACCAUAGAAUCGAUAUUUGGUCUCUUGGAUGUGUUUUGGCAGAGCUGUGCACCGGAGAGGUGCUUUUCCCCAAUGAAGCGAUUGCAGUUUUGCUAGCGCGGGUGAUAGGAGUGCUCGGUCCGUUUGACAUGGACAUGCUGUUGAAAGGGCGAGAGACGCACAAGUAUUUCACAAAAGAGUUCGACCUUUAUCUCAUGAACGAGGAGACGAAUCGACUGGAGUACUUAAUCCCAGAGGAGACGUCCUUGGAGGAACAGUUGCAAGUUUCAGAUCCUUUGUUCAUUGAUUUUGUGAGGAAACUGCUUCAGAUGAAUCCUAAAAGGCGUCCCACCGCUUCUGAAGCCCUUCGACACCCCUGGCUUUUUUCACACCAAUAAUCCAUGGUUGUUUUUUUUGUUGGUAAAAGGGCAUUUUUAAAUAUUUUUUUUGUAGAUUCAUUUUAUUUUCAUCAUAAUGAUCAUAUCAGUUUGGAGCUGAGGAUUCAGAUUCUCACACUCAACAGGCUCCCAAACACACCCAUAGAAGCUAAGGAUUCUUUUGGUUUUGGUUUGGUCAGUACAUAACACAAAUAAUCCAAGUCCCCAAUCUUGGUUCUUGUACAUCACUUUUAUGCUUUUUCUUUCAGCUAGUAAAUCUUUUUUUGUUUUGUUUGGG